CUAUGGCGAAAGAAAUGGCGUGCUAAAGGAUUUGGUCUUACUUUAAAGAAUGAAAAUGAUUUCAAAUUAGCAGAUUUUUAUGCGGGUCCUUGUGAAACAUUUCAUCCAUACUAUGGACCAAAAGAAAAUGGCGAUGCUUUUGAUCCAGAUAAUCAAGAGGCAUUUACAAAUCUUAUAAUGCAGCAUACCCAUGGCAAAGAAGUACAUUUUAUGAUGUCUGAUGGAGGAUUUUCAGUAAAAGGACAAGAAAAUAUACAAGAAAUUCUUUCAAAACAACUGUAUCUUUGUCAAUGUUUAAUAGCAUUGAUGAUUGUAAGAGAGGGUGGUCAUUUUGUGACAAAAUUAUUUGACCUUUUUACACCCUUUAGUGCUGGUUUAGUUUAUUUAAUGUAUCGCUGCUUUGAAGAGGUUUGUAUUUUUAAACCAAACUCUUCUAGACCAGCAAAUUCAGAACGUUACUUAAUAUGUAAGAAGAAACGAAGUGGGACACAAGAUGUUGCGGAGUAUCUGAAGCAUGUUAAUCUCCUGCUUUUAAAUGGUGGCGAAAAUGACGAUGUUUUACAAUUAGUAUCGUAUAAUGAAUUAAAAAGAGAGAAACAACUUGUUCAAUAUCUACGUGCUUCUAACAAAGAUUUGGGCAGAAAACAAAUAACAGGCCUGUGUAAAAUUGCUGCAUUUUACGAGGAUAAUACUCUUGUUGAGACAAAACAAGCUGACAUGCGCAAACAAUGUCUAGAGUAUUGGAAACUUCCUGAUGAAACUAGGACAAUUCCAAAACACAUGAAACCAACCGAUAAAUUGAAUACUCUUUUGAAAGAUACUUCAUUCCUUACUAUUAAUUCAGCGCCAUUGACGGAAUGUAACAUUGAAAAUGCAUUAUUAUCGCCAUACGACUGGUUUUGUAUGCCAUGUGGUACAAAGCCAAGGCCUGAUGAUGAUAAGAAGAACGCUACAUUUUAUAUGAGCAUGGGAAGGAAUAACGUAUAUAGAUAUAUAAAGAAUUCCUGGGUUCGAGUCGAUGACAUUGCCAUAGAAUUACCACCAAAUACACUUGUAUACGCAGAAGUUGUAUAUGAAAUGACUAAGGAGUUUAUACAUCAGCAAAAAGUACUUGCAUUGCAUAUUAUAGAUGCAUUCUGCUUAGGUGGAGUGGACAUUAGUAAAAAAUACUUGAGGAGCAGGAACGAGGACACGAAGUUGUUCUGCGAAGCUUUGUGGAAACCAGCAGGAAAUAACUAUACUCGCAUACGUGCCACAGAACUAUUUCCAGUUGAUUCAUAUAUAUGCGAAAAGUUGCUAGAAACACAACGUAAAAUGAACAAUAAUUGCGAUGCCUUAGUAUACGAACUUCUGGAAAAGAUUUUAGAUGUUAGUGGUUAUAAUAAAGACAAAUUAUAUUUCAUACCACACAGUGUAAUAUUUUUGAGAAGCACCGUAAGUCCUUGGAAUCGGUAUGUCAGUAAAACACGUUCAUUGACGUACGUUUUUAAUUGCAAAACAAACGAGAAGUUAUUCGACCUUCAUAGACCAAGAUCAGCAGAAGCAAGUUUCAUUGAAUCUUUUAAGAGUCGCCUUAUUUGGCAUUGGCCUCACGAUUCAUCACUUACAAUGGACAGAUUUGCAAAAUUUAUUAAAGAUAAGUGUCCUGUAUACAAUACACGUUUAGAAUAUUAAAACUACAGACUGUACAUAUAUCGACACAUGACUCGAGCCUCAUAGAAGUCAAACAGAUUAAUUUCGUUAAGUUGACUGUUAUUUCAGAUAUGAAAUACUUAUGAUAUAUUUUCGUAUUUAGCAUUAUAUUCCUAUGUAAAUAGAGUUAAUAUCGGAAGAUAUAAUUAAUCAGUUUGUCUUC